AUGGGAGCCAUGGGUGGUAAUGUUGGUGGUGGUGCCGCUGGAGGAAAUGCUUCACCAACUACUACUACUGCGGUAAAUCCAAUACCUGCUGGUGCUGACACCACUGCUACCACUGCUACCACUGCUGCGGCUGAUGCUGAUACUACUCUAGCAGCUGGAGCUGAUACUGCAACCACCGGGACUGAUACAGCUAAGACUGGUACAACUGAUACAGCUAAGACUGGUACUACUGAUACAGCUAAGACUGGUACUACUGAUACCGCAACCACUAAAACUGGUGCUACUACCCCAGCAGCUGCUGCAGGGGCUGAAUCUGCCACUGAUACCAAGGCUACCACAGCAACUACUCCAGCAGGUGCUGCUGCCACUGCUGCUACUGCUGCUGCUGCUUCUGACGAUGAUACUGCCACUGCUGCUGCUGCGGGAGGUGAAGCAACUGAAGCCCCUACAAGUACCAGUUUCGUUUCCCAUAGAGUUCUCCGCUCUACUGCUUCAAGUACAAAACAAAGUGAAGCCACCAACUCUGGUUCUGGUUCUGACUCUAGUUCGGGCUCCAGCUCCAGUUCUGGCUCUUCUGGUGCAGGUUCCUUGAAGUUGAAUAAAUGCAACUUUUUUAUGGGCUUAAGUUUAGCCAUGUUCUUUGGAAGCGGCUUGACUAUCUUGGCUUGA